ACUCUGAAACUUCACUUGGAGCGUGGCCGCGGAGCAGCAGCCGGAGCUCGCCGACAGCUCUCCCAGCCCUCCCCGCCCGCAGCGCCCCCGGAGCCCGCGGGACGCCCCGCAGACAGCCGCUCUCCCCGCCGCUGCCCCGGACCUCCACCCGGGCUGUUUUCACGCGCUUUGUCCAAGUUUCCGACAGUCACGCAUCACGUAAAGGACUUCUACCUCGACUGUCCGUGGGAUUAACCGCUUUAAUUGCAGAAUAAUAACUUGACAGAGGUAUUUUGGACUGUUUUGUUGAUUAUUCCCCCCACCCCCGACGGCGCCAGCAGCCCUCGGCAUGGGGGAAUAAUACCGACCCCGACUUCUGUCCUGCUUUUUUCUUUUUUUUCCCCUUUUAUUUUUCCCUUUCUCGUGGAAACACUUUUAAAGGACGGGACUCUUGUUUUUUUUCUUUUUUAGUUAGUUUUCGUGCAGAAUAAUGAGCAUGGACGGUGGUCCGCUGCAGGUGGUGGUUUUGCUGUGGUGUCUGCUGGUGAUUUCUGGCUCCGGCUUCGAGAUCGGCUCCUACGAGCUGGAGCGGGGCCGGCCGGCCAAGUGCGAGCCCAUCGUGAUCCCCAUGUGCGAGGGGAUCGGCUACAACCUGACCCGGAUGCCCAACUUCAUGCACCACGACGACCAGAAGGAGGCGGCCAUCAAGCUGCUGGAGUUCGCCCCGCUGGUGAAGUACGGCUGCGACGCGCAGCUGCGCUUCUUCCUCUGCUCCCUGUACGCCCCCAUGUGCACCGACAAGGUGUCCACCUCCAUCCCGGCCUGCAGGCCCAUGUGCGAGCAGGCCCGGGAGAGAUGCGCCCCCAUCAUGAAGAAGUUCAGCUACACCUGGCCCGACUCGCUGGACUGCUCCAAGCUGCCCACCAGGAACGACCCCAACGCCCUGUGCAUGGAGGCCCCCGAGAACGAGACCAGGACGGAGGGCAAGAAGGGCGAGGGCAUGCUGCCGGUGCCCCCCCGGCCCAGGCAGCCGGGCACCGGUAGCAGCAGCGCCGCCGGCCGGGCCACCGGCAGCCUGGGCACCUGCGAGAACCCGGACAAGUUCCAGUUUGUGGAGAAGAGCCAGUCGUGCGCCCCCCGCUGCUCCCCGGCCGUGGACGUCUUCUGGUCCCGGCAGGACAAGGACUUUGCCUUCAUCUGGAUGACCGUGUGGUCCACCCUGUGCUUCGUCUCCACGGCCUUCACGGUGCUGACCUUCCUCCUGGAGCCUCACCGUUUCCAGUACCCCGAGCGGCCCAUCAUUUUCCUCUCCAUGUGCUACAACGUCUACUCGGUGGCGUUCAUCAUCCGCUCGGUGGCCGGGGCAGAGAACAUCGCCUGCGACCGCGAGCACGGCGAGCUGUACAUCAUCCAGGAGGGACUGGAGUCCACCGGCUGCACCAUAGUCUUCCUCAUCCUCUACUACUUUGGCAUGGCGUCUUCUAUCUGGUGGGUCAUCCUCACCCUCACGUGGUUCCUGGCCGCGGGGAAGAAGUGGGGCCACGAGGCCAUCGAAGCCCACAGCAACUACUUCCACAUGGCGGCGUGGGGCAUCCCUGCCCUUAAGACUAUCGUCAUCCUCACCAUGAGGAAGGUGGCUGGAGACGAGCUGACGGGACUGUGCUAUGUGGGAAGCAUGGACCCGGGGGCGCUCACGGGCUUCGUCCUCAUCCCUCUGUCCUGCUACCUGAUCAUCGGCACGUCCUUCAUCCUCACGGGCUUCGUGGCUCUCUUCCACAUCCGGAAGGUGAUGAAGACGGAGGGCACCAACACGGAGAAGCUGGAGAAGCUCAUGGUGAAGAUCGGCAUCUACUCCAUCCUCUACACGGUCCCCGCCACCUGUGUCAUCGUCUGCUACUUCUACGAGAGGCUCAACAUGGACUACUGGAAGCUGAGGGGGCUGCAGAUGAAGUGCGGCUCCUUCAACGGCCACAGCAGCGACUGCUCGCUGCAGACGUCCGUGCCCACGGUGGCCGUGUUCAUGCUGAAGAUCUUCAUGUCGCUGGUGGUGGGCAUCACCAGCGGGGUGUGGGUGUGGAGCUCCAAGACCCUGCAGACCUGGCAGGGCCUGUGCAGCAGGAAGCUGGCGGACAGGACUAGUAGCAGGAAGCCCUGCAGUGGCGUGAGCUGCAGCAGCACACACUGCCACUACAAAUCUCCCGCUGCAGUUCUGCACAUGGCUAAGACUGACCUGCACUCAGAAAACCCCACACAUGUCUGAGAGGCCGCACACACACACACAUACACACACACGCACUCAAACACACUUCGCCCUGUAUAAGGAGCUGCUAAAAGACUUUAGAGGAAGAUGAGUCGUUGAAUUGAACUGUCAGUUUCUUCUCUGCUGCUGCCAAGGGACACACAGGUACCGCUGUCACUCUGAGAAACUAUAAACAGUGUUGAGUGCAUAAAAGGGAAAUAUUCAGUAUUUGUUAUCCGUAUCCUCCUGUUCAUAGUGUUCUGUCUCGUACACAUGCCCAGUGUUUAAAAAGCAAAAGGAAAAAAAACAUUAUCCUCCGUGAAAGUGGCAUGAUUAACUGUAUAAAUCUGUAUAAAUGUUCUAUUUAUUGUAAAUAUAUUUAAUUUAAAGUCCACUUUGGCUCUUACCUAAUUUGUUGUUUAGAUACAUUCAUUAAAGGUCAAAGGAAAUGAAGUGCCUUUUAUAGAAAAAAAGAAAACUCUGGUUCUGACCUUUUCGGAGGAUAAUAAAUGGAAUUCAUGUU